CUCCCCCACAAAUAAUAAUUCAAGCUCCGAUCAAUAAUCAUCAAUUCCUAGCAACAACAACAAUCACAACUUUUUCGAACUUCAUAGAUGUCGAAUCCAAUAUCUUUCAAUACUCUGUUACAAAUAACUUCAACUCAUGGGCCAGCUUUUGGCCA